AUCGAACAGGUAGUAUGAGUUGGUUUCGGUCCAUCCGGUCCAUUUUUAUUGGGUUUUAUAAUUCAUUGGUUUAAUUUCUUGAGAGUUUGGUCAUGGUCCUUACCCUUGUUCUCAGGCAAGGCUGGUGCACCAAACGUACGGUAAGAGAGAAUUGUCUAGUCACGUGUUGUCUAGUUUCAGUGUCUGAAACAAACACACCUCAAAUCUAUCGACUUCGUAAGCAUUAAUGAUGUUGCAGUUGGAUGAUUGAAGAACGUUUUCCCUUGUUGCCCCAGUGCAUAGAAAAUCACAUUAAUGACAAGAUUCAAUACACCAUCUUCAAGUUCAUUGCAAACUCCUUGCUAGUGCAACAACCACUGCAAGCGAUAAUAUCCCAUUGAAACUAAAAAUAAUGCUUCAAAAGAAUGUUCUAAAAAUUCUACCAAAUUAUAAACCUGAAAUUCAAGUUUGAAAGAUCAAUGAAAUUAAAGCCAUAUUUAGAUUACUGUAGGUGUACUGUGGCCUUGUCUUCUUUCUCCAAUCCUUGUUUCAAACUGGUGUGGUCAUGCAUGGAAGAGAAGUCCUCCCCUUCUUUCCGUAUCUUCGCCGCUCUUUCUUCUACCUCAAUCUACCCACCUAUCUAUUACUGAUCGGGCAACCACAUGCCUACAUUCUCAAAUCUGGCAUUUCCACAACUAUAACCCCCACCACCAAUCUCCUCUCUCUGUGUGCAAAUUAUCACUCACCACCCGACCCCAAUGUCCUUUCCUUUUCUGCUCUAAUCUACGAAUUUACAAAGCUUAAUAAUUUUGGUCAGGCUAUCCGUAGCUCCUCUCAAAUGCUCUCUCAGGGUGUCAUGCUUGAUAGACAUGUCUUGCCUACCAUCAUCAAGGCAUGUGCUGGGUUAUCUUUCUUGAACACUGGGAAGCAGGUUCAUUGUAUCGCAUCUGUAUCUGGGUUUGAUUCGGAUUCGCGUGUUUUAUCCUCUUUGGUACAUUUGUAUCUUAAAUGCAACAGAAUAAAGGAUGCUCAGAAGGUGUUCGAUAGGCUGCCUCAACCGGAUGUUGUUGCUUACAGUGCUUUGCUUGCAGGUUAUGCACGAAAGGGCUGUGUAAAAGAGACAAAGGAGUUGUUUUCUAAGAGGGCAGACGAGGGUGUGGAACUGAAUUUGGUGUCCUGGAAUGGGAUGAUUGCUGGGUUUAACCAUAGCGGACGCCAUCUGGAAGCAGUUAUUAUGUUUCAAAAGAUGCAUUUGGAAGCAUUUAAACCCGAUGGGACUAGUAUAUCUAGUGUGCUCUCAGCAGUUGGUGACCUGGAAAUGUUGAUCCUGGGAUUCCAGAUUCAUGGAUAUGCGAUUAAAAUGGGUAUAGGACAGGACAAGUGUGUGGUUAGUGCUCUCAUUGAUAUGUAUGGGAAAUGUGCAUGCACAUUGGAGAUGUCAGAAGUGUUUGAUGAGAUGUGUCAGAUGGAUGUAGGUGCUUGUAAUGCUUUAGUUAUGGGCCUCUCACGAAAUGGUCUUGUUGACAAUGCCUUGAAGGUGUUUAGACAAUUCAAGGGCCAAGGGAUUGAACUGAAUGUUGUUUCAUGGACAUCAAUUAUUGGUAGUUGCUCCCAGAAUGGGAAGGAUAUUGAGGCAUUGGAGCUUUUCAGAGAAAUGCAGCUUGUGGGGGUAAAGCCAAACUCUGUAACAAUUCCAUGCUUGCUUCCAGCUUGUGGGAAUAUUGCAGCAUUAAUGCAUGGGAAGGCAGCGCAUUGCUUUUCUCUUAAAAGUGGAAUUUCCAGUAAUGUUUACGUGGGUAGUGCACUGAUUGACAUGUAUGCGAAGUGUGGAAGAAUACAUGUUUCUAAGCUUUGUUUUGAUAUGAUGCUCACCAGAAACUUAGUUUCUUGGAAUGCAUUAAUGGCAGGAUACGCAAUGCAUGGAAAGACUAAGGAAGCUAUUGACAUCUUUCAAUGGAUGCAAAGGAGUGGGCCAAAGCCUGAUUUUGUUAGCUUCAUUUGUGUACUAUCCGCAUGCAGCCAAGGUGGUCUAACAGAUGAAGGUUGGUACUAUUUUCGCAGCAUGUCCAAAGAUUAUGGUAUUGAAGCUAGAUUGGAGCAUUAUGCUUGCAUGGUGAAUCUUCUGGGUCGUGCUGGGAGGCUGCAAGAGGCGCAUACAAUGAUCAAACAAAUGCCUUUCAAACCUGAUGCUUGUGUUUGGGGUGCUUUGCUUAGUUCAUGCAGAGUACACAAUAAUGUUAGUUUAGGUGAGAUUGCUGCGAAGAAACUCUUUGAGUUAGAACCAAGAAAUCCUGGGAACUACAUUCUUCUUUCAAAUAUCUAUGCUUCUAAGGCAAUGUGGGAUGAAGUAAAUAUGGUGAGGAACAUGAUGAAGAGCAAGGGCUUGAGGAAGAACCCUGGCUGUAGUUGGAUUGAGAUCAAGAGCAAAGUGCAUAUGCUCGUUGCUGGUGACAACUCGCAUCCACAAAUGGCACAAAUUAUUGAAAAAUUGGCUGAAUUGAGCAUUGAAAUGAAAAAAUCAGGUUGCUUUCCAGACACCGACUUUGUGUUGCAAGAUGUGGAGGAACAGGACAAGGAGCAAAUCUUAUGUGGCCACAGUGAGAAGUUAGCUGUAGUGCUGGGGCUUCUGAAUACUAGCCCAGGGUCUUCAAUUCAAGUGAUUAAGAACCUUAGGAUCUGCGGUGACUGUCAUGCUGUUAUAAAAUUCAUAUCCAGCUUUGAAAAGAGGGAGAUAUUUGUCAGAGACACUAAUCGCUUUCAUCAUUUUAAAGAUGGAGUUUGUUCUUGUAGAGAUUACUGGUGAACUGCACAAAUGUUUGUUGGGAAUCCUACUGUUAUGCAUGAGAACAAUGUAUUUAUAGUGGAUGUAAAUGAUGAAUUCAUUCU